CCGGGCCAAGGCGGUCAGCGAGAAGGAGGUGGACUCCGGGAAUGACAUCUAUGGCAACCCUAUCAAAAGAAUUCAAUAUGAAGUCAAGCAAAUAAAGAUGUUCAAAGGGCCUGAGAAGGACAUCGAGUUCAUCUACACGGCGCCCUCCUCGGCCGUGUGUGGGGUCUCACUGGACGUUGGAGGCAAGAAGGAGUACCUCAUUGCAGGGAAGGCAGAAGGAAAUGGUAAGAUGCACAUUACCCUCUGUGACUUCAUUGUGCCCUGGGACACCCUGAGUACCACCCAGAAGAAGAGCCUGAACCACAGGUAUCAGAUGGGCUGUGAGUGCAAGAUCACGCGCUGCCCCAUGAUCCCUUGCUACAUCUCCUCGCCGGACGAGUGCCUAUGGAUGGACUGGGUCACGGAGAAGAACAUCAACGGCCACCAGGCCCGGUUCUUCGCCUGCAUCAAGAGGAGCGACGGCUCCUGCGCCUGGUACCGCGGCACCGCGCCCCCCAAGCAGGAGUUUCUCGACAUCGAGGACCCCUAAGCGGCCGACGAGAAGCCUCCGAGAGUCUAGACUGGUCCAGCUCUGACAUCCUUCCUGGGAACAGCAUGAACA